ACACUGCAUUCACUGAUGCUGAUUCCAGCUCAGUGCCAGAGGAGACGACAGGUGCUUCGUUCUGCUCUUCUAAAAUGCGCAAAACGGCGAUUCUUACGUCGUAAACUGACACUUUGAAUCUCGAAUAGGAUGUGAGAGAAAGCGUGCGAUCGUUUCCACCGUGGGAAAAGAGCGUUUACAGCGCAACGAUGCUUCAUUGUGCGCUUCAUCAUCAUGUCCAGCGAGCACUCAUCUGUUCUCUUCUUCUCUGCGUGACGAGGACGGUCCUGAUGACGCGCUCCUCCUCUCCAACAUCGGAUCUCAAAUCCCAAAUAUCCGGCGUGGAGGAACUGAUGGAGGAGUUCCUCAAGCAGCUCCAGCAGGAGCCGGGCCCGAGGGGGGACGCGGGGGACGGGGACCGCUGUGUCAGGGGCUUUCAGGCGCAGGAGGAGCGCAUCAUCCGCGCCAGCGCGUCCAUCGAGCAGGGCGGCGCGUUCCUGUCCGCGCCGCAGCGCGUGUUCAGCUGGAGGGACUGCGUGCACGCCUGCUGCGCGCUCCCGCAUUGCACUGACGCCAUCAUCCAGGAGGAGCUCACGCAGCCGGACGGCAGUCUGCGCUGUUACCUGUUCAACUGCACCUCCGGGGGCAGGAGUGUGUGCUCGUUCUCCUUCCAGCCGGGCUUCAGCACCUACAGCCGGGCAGACAACAGCACCAGAGCCCGCGAGCCCCCGGGGGGAGACCCCUCUGCUGCACCGGGCCGUCCCGACACUGCAGCCGGGGGGGGACCCGCUUAUGGGAUCGGGGAGGAGGAGUCCCUAAUGCAGGGUGUGGAUGAGCCGCCCCGCAGCGACGCGGGUCAGGAUCUGGUGGUGCAGCUGCCGACGGACUGGGCGGUGCUGGACGGCAGAGACAGCACCGAUGACCAGCGCAUCACACAGUAUGACUGGGCUCUUGUGAAAGGAGACCCCUCCGUUAGAAUGAAGGUGUCUCACCCAGGCCUGCUGAAACUCAGCGGUCUCAGAGAAGGGAUUUACACGUUUGAGAUCACCGUCACCGACACCGCGGGACAGAAGAGCUCUGACAACGUGUCGGUCAGUGUGCUCGCCCCUGCUCCAAACGCUCAAGUGUGUACAGGUCACUGUUCUCGGUAUCAGUUCAUGUGUGAUGAUGGCUGCUGUAUCGACAUCGGUUAUGCCUGCGAUGGAAAGCAACACUGCCCUGACCGAUCAGAUGAAGAUUUCUGCCAAAACUUUGAUGCUGGUCACAAGUCCAACCCCUUGUCUAAACAUGGGCCAGAUAUACAAAACACUGAAGCAGGAGCGCAGACGCCAUCAGAGAUACAGCUCACUGACAGCCCUAAACCUGCACAACACCAACAUUAUGGCUUCAGCAACCAAGAUCCCUGUGCAGCGCCCCCAGUGGCCGGCCCGUGUAAAGGGGUUUUCCCGCGCUGGUAUUAUGAUCCUGAAACGGGAGACUGCCGGCACUUCCAGUACGGCGGCUGCAAAGGAAACCACAACAACUUCCUCCAGAAGUCUGAUUGUGUGAAUGAGUGCAUUCAGAAACCAUCAGUAACAGAACAUCAGGCCACUGGAGCUCCAUUACCCAGCAGGACAAUAUACACAUCUGCCGUAGCCUCGGCCCGUGAGGAAGAGCUGCAGAGUCCUCUCGUGGAGCCGCAGAACUCCCUGCCAGCGUCUGAAGUACACCGUGAGCUGGAGGGACACCCGGCCCCUGAGUCAGGUGCAGUCCUCCCGCUGGCGUUGGGUCUGAUCAUCAGCGCUCUGCUCUUGCUGAUGGCCGGCUGCAGACUCUGGCUUGUGCGUCGCAGACUGAAGAAAGCUUUGCCUCUCACCACAGAAGAGUCCGAUUACCUCAUCAAUGGCAUGUAUCUGUAGCAGAGCCGCCACCUGUCAAUCAACCCUCCAAUCUGAUGCACUGUUUGUGCAUGAGUGUGUGUAGUAGCGGAUACAUUAGUUGUGAAAAGAGUGUAAAGCAGGAGUAUCAGCCCUGCUCAUGAUGCCCCAGCCGUG